AUGUCACAAGUGUACAACUAUACGGAUCCUGUCAAUUUGGGUGUAGCAUUCUUAAUGGCAACGAUAGGAACUUUUGGCGUUAUCUGUAAUUCCAGUAUAGUCUGCAUUUUUCUGAAAGAAAAAUCUGAAAAAACCGCGUUCAACACAAUUUGUUUCUUUCGGGCCACAUCAAAUAUCAUCAUCUUAACAAUUGCGUUUCUAACCAAUUUUUUGCCGAAAACUUUACUCGGAUAUUCUCCAUACCCAGAUGUGAUUGAAUCUUGGCUUAUCCAUAUAUCACAUACAUUGUAUCUUGGUAACGAGUAUCAAAUCGUUUUAAUUGCAAUCAAUAGAUUUUGUGCAGUAUUUCUUCCAACGAAAUAUGCGACAAUUUUUUCGCUAUUUAACAUUACAAUCAUUUUGGUUUUUAUCUACAUUUUUAGGAUCGCGAAAAAAAUAUAUGAACUGUUGCCAGAGUCCGCGAAAGGUUGCCAUGCACUAUUCUCGACAAACUCUCUUACCUGGUAUUUUAGCACUUCUCCUGGAUGUAAUUCAACUGAAAAUGCUCUUGAAAUGAUCAAAUGUACUUUCAUAAUGAUGGCGAUUUUGAAUUUUAUUACUUUUUUGAAGAUAUUACACUCUUAUAAAAAGUCAAGGAAAACUGAAACAGUUGUGGGAGCAAGAAAAAGAAUGUGUAAAAAUAUUUUGUGUUUUCUACAAACAAUUCUCCAAGACUCACUAUAUUUUAUUGAUAUGACUUUUACUUUCAAACUGAGUUCCUGGAGCACUAACCGUAUUUGGACGUAUUUCAGUGGAACAUUUGUUUGGGAAUGUUUACACUCUUUUGAUGGAUUCAUCAUGAUAAUUUUCAACGAAAGACUUUCAUUUUUGAAAACAAAAGUGAAACAUAUAAAUAUACUCCCAAUAGUCGGUGGACAUUUACGACAACGACUUGUAUCACUAACAACAUUAUCUCAUUUAAAAUAA